AUCACUCACGCGUAAAUACGUAACCAAAGCGAAAAAGCUUCCUCUUCCAAAAUAACAGAGAAAGUGAAACAGAUAGAGAAUCAAACACAAACACAAUCAGAAUCAGAAUCAGAUAGAGAGGGCGAAUCCAUUUCAUUUCUUAGCCCUCUCUGUCUUCUCUAACCCUAACAUUUUCAUUCUUUCUUUAUAUAUCUCUCAAUCUCACAUGAAUCUGUCUCCGUUCUUGCCAAUUCCCACUCUUUGAUGCGAAGAUCGAAUGCCACUAAGCCCAAUAAAAUGGAUCCGAUCCAGCUCCCGAUCCGACCCAUCACCCGAUCGAACCUCUUCUCUCGGAACCCCAAUACCAAGUCCACAAAGUCCAAUUCCAUCUUGAUUCUCUCUCUGGUCUUCGUCUCUCUCGCUCUGUUAGUCUCUUACGUGUUAGUCUUCGGGAAAACAGCAAAAGCAAGUAAAAGAAAAUACGGGAUCGUGAUCGAUGGCGGGAGUACCGGGACCCGGAUCCACGUUUUCGGGUACCGGGUCGAGGGUCAAAUUCCGGUGUACGAUUUUGGGAAAACCGGGUUGGCGUCCAUGCGGGUCAGGCCGGGGUUGUCGGCCUUUUCGGAUGAUCCGGAUGCGGCGGGCGGGUCGCUGAGGGAGCUUGUGGAGUUUGGGAAGGGGAGAAUUCCGAGGGAGCAUUGGGGAGACACUGAGAUUCGGCUCAUGGCUACUGCGGGGCUCCGGUUGCUCGAUUCGGAGCUCCAGGAGAGGGUUCUCGGGUCGUGUAGACAGGUUCUGAGGUCUUCCGGGUUUAAGUUUAAGGACGAUUGGGCUUCGGUUAUUACCGGCUCUGAUGAGGGGAUAUAUGCUUGGGUUGUUGCAAACUAUGCUCUUGGGACUCUAGGAGGUGAUCCCUUACAGACAACUGGGGUUAUUGAACUUGGUGGGGCUUCUGCUCAGGUUACCUUUGUUUCAAGUGAGUCAGUCCCUCCGGAGUUUUCACAUUCUGUUAGAUUUGGCAAUGUUACAUAUAAUCUGUACAGCCACAGUUUUCUUCAAUUUGGACAGAAUGCUGCCUUUGACUCAUUGAGAGGAUCACUUAUUUCAGGAGACUUGAGCUUGGUUGAUGAAUCUCUUCAAAAGGGAGUUUUCAUAGAUCCUUGUACUCCUAGGGGGUACUUGCAUAAUUUAGAGUCAUGGAAACUUUCUCCUGGUUCUUUGGAACAAAAGACUAGAAAUUUAGUUGAUCUUCAAUCUAAGGGGAAUUUUUCAGAGUGCAGAUCUGCUGCAUUAAUGCUGUUACAAAAAGGAAAAGAGAAAUGCUCUUACCAGCAUUGCUACAUAGGAUCAACUUUCAUACCUAAACUUCAGGGAAAGUUUUUGGCGACUGAAAAUUUCUUCUAUACAUCGAAGUUCUUUCGCUUGGGUCCAAGGGCAUAUCUUUCUGAAUUGACGACGGCUGGACAACGAUUUUGUGGAGAAGAUUGGUCAAAGUUGAAGAAGAAAUACCAUUCAUUUAAAGGGGAAGAUUUGCUGCACUAUUGCUUCUCUUCAGCAUAUAUUGUGGCCCUACUUCAUGACAGUCUUGGAGUUUCUUUGGAUGAUGAAAGGAUUGGGGUUGCUAAUCAGGUGGGAAAUAUUCCACUUGAUUGGGCUUUAGGAGCUUUCAUCCUACAGAGCACAGCUAGCUUGGAGUCAGAGCAAGCUGACUGGAUCUCUAACAUUAUUGGUGAUGAAUCACCUACACUGCUCUCUAUAAUUGCUAUAUUUGUUAUUUUGAUGUUUACGGCAUGGUCUGUAUCAAAGUGGAGGAAGCCCCAGUUGAAGACAAUUUAUGAUCUAGAGAGAGGACGGUAUGUAGUUACCCGAGUCAAUAAAUAUUGAUUGCUUAUCCAAAAGUUUCCACGAGGGGACUUGGUAAAUUGCUCAUCCACAAGGGCGCUUAACCUAGUCCCUGGUUUCGCAAUCAGGAAGAAAAAAGCUGUGUAACUUUGAUACAUUUAAAUUAGUUUAUGCUUCCUGAUUAUGCUCUAAGUCACGUGGAUGGGAACUGAAUAUAAAUGUGGGGGUAUUGGUACAGAAUAUAAAGUAAUGUUUUAUGGGGAACUAGGGUAGAUCAUAUUCCCUUUUUGUAUGUAGUGGGAAUCCAAAACCUCAGUUUUUUUUUUUUUUUUUAAUCCUUAUACCAAAUGCUUCAUCAUUACCCAAACUAGAUGUCUACGAGGUUAGGUAAAAUAGUAGGGCUAUGGUACAAGGAUCAUAUUCCCAUUUUGUAGUUAGUGGGAAUUAAAAAUCUCAGUUAUUUUUUUUA